ACCCCCUCCACCGCCCCAGCUCCUGGGAAAUUGAGGAAUGCAAUUCUGCCACCAUGAUGGAAGGACUGAAGAAGCGGACCAGGAAGGCCUUUGGGAUACGCAGGAAAGAGAAGGACACUGAUUCCACAGGGUCUCCAGACAGGGACGGCAUCCCUCCCAGCCCUCAGCCCAAUGAGCCACCUUGCAAUAGCAAACCCGAGAGUGCCCGGGAAGGAGGCAAAAAAAAUGGGAAGAAAACAAAUGGAGCCCCCAAUGGAUUUUACGCCGAGAUCGACUGGGACAGAUACAAUUCCCCUGAGCUUGAUGAGGAGGGAUACAGCAUCCGACCAGAGGAACCAGGCUCUACCAAAGGAAAGCACUUCUACUCCUCCAGCGAGUCCGAGGAGGAGGAGGAGGCGCACAAGAAGUUCAACAUCAAGAUCAAGCCUUUGCAGGCCAAAGAUGUCCUGAAGAGCGCGGCCACGGUGGACGAGCUGAAGGCCUCUGUAGGCAACAUUGCACUUUCUCCCUCCCCCGUGAGGAAAAGUCCGCGGCGCAGCCCGGGGACGAUUAAAAGGAAUUUAUCCAGUGAGGAGAUCGCACGGCCCCGGCGCUCCACACCCACCCCGGACCCUGCCAGCAGGAAAGCCGGGGAGGACGCGGCCGCGCUGGCCCCGCUCUUCGGGCCCCCGCUGGAAUCGGCCUUUGAGGAGCAGAAGCUGGAUGCCACUCUAGAUCAGCCUGAGAUCUGGGGUUCAGCCCAACCCCUCAGUGCAAGUGUAGAGUCCCCAAAGCUACCGAGACCUUUUCCAACUGGAACACCUCCACCUCUCCCACCGAAAAACAUCCCGGCCACGCCGCCGCGCACCGGCUCCCCUCUGACCGUGGGAAUAGGAGGGGACCAGGCGGCAGCAGAGCUCAAAAGUGACAAACUCCCGUCCAUCAGUGACUUGGACAGCAUUUUUGGCCCCGUGCCAUCCCCCAAGUCUGCUGCCGGUAACGCAGAAGACAAGUGGGUCAAUUUUUCCGAUCCAUCCCCGGGAAACGCUUCUCCGGAGCUGCCGGGCCGGGACCGAGCGGGGUCCCCGCCGCCCUCCCGCCCGCUGCCCUCGCCGCUCCGCCUGGAAGAGGCUGACAAGAAGGUUUCUGAGCAGCCCCACCUUAAGGAUGAGAACGUGGAGCCGGUCGCUUCUCCCAGAGAUUUUGGGCCGGGACAAAGAGCCACCCCGCCUCCCCCUCCGCCGCCCACCUACCGCACGGUGGUCUCCUCCCCCGGACCGGGCGCCAGCAGCGGCACGGGCAGCACCAGCGGUUCCUCGUCCCCGGCUCGCCCUGGCACCCCGCUAGCCACCUGCAGCACUCCACUAGCCACCUGUGGCACCCCGCCACCGCCGCCGCCACGGCCCCCCUCCCGCCCCAAGCUGCCCCCUGGCAAGCCCCCCGUCAGUGAUGUGUCCAGGCCUUUUAGCCCUCCUAUUCACUCCUCCAGCCCUCCUCCGAUAGCACCUUUAGCCCGGGCUGAAAGCACAUCUUCCAUAUCUUCCACCAAUUCCCUGAGCGCAGCCACCACUCCCACCGUCGAGAAUGAACAGCCUUCCCUCGUUUGGUUUGACAGAGGAAAGUUUUAUUUGACUUUCGAAGGCUCGUCGCGGGGACCCAGCCCCCUCACCAUGGGGGCUCAGGACACCCUGCCCGUGGCCGCCGCCUUCACGGAAACCGUCAACGCGUACUUCAAAGGGGCUGACCCCAACAAGUGUAUCGUGAAGAUCACGGGGGAGAUGGUGCUGUCGUUCCCAGCCGGCAUCACCCGACACUUUGCCAACAACCCCGCGCCAGCCGUGCUCACCUUCCGUGUGCUCAACUACAACAGGCUGGAGCACGUCCUGCCAAACCCACAGCUCCUCUGCUGUGACAACACGCAGAGUGACACCAACACAAAGGAGUUCUGGGUCAACAUGUCAAACCUGAUGACUCACUUAAAGAAGGUAUCGGAACAGAAACCACAAGCCACCUAUUACAAUGUGGAUAUGCUCAAGUAUCAGGUAUCUGCCCAGGGUAUUCAGUCUACUCCAUUAAACCUUGCAGUGAGCUGGCGGUGUGACCCUGCAAGCACUGACCUCCGCAUCGACUACAAAUACAAUACAGAGGCAAUGACCACACCUGUGGCUCUAAACAACGUCCAGUUCCUCGUCCCCGUCGACGGAGGAGUAACAAAACUUCAAGCUGUGCUUCCUCCUGCUGUCUGGAAUGCCGAACAGCAAAGGAUAUUGUGGAAGAUCCCUGAUAUCUCCCAGAAGUCAGAAAAUGGAGGUGUGGGGUCUCUGCUGGCCCGAUUCCAGCUCUCAGAGGGGCCCAGCACCCCGGCCCCCCUGGCCGUGCAGUUCACCAGCGAGGGGAGCACCCUGUCCAGCUGCGACAUCGAGCUCGUGGGUGCCGGCUACCGCUUCUCCCUCAUCAAGAAGAGGUUUGCAGCAGGUAAAUACUUGGCCGAUAACUGACAGAAGCUUAUGCAAGUCUAUGGAAAAUAAUAUGGAAAAUACCCAAGGACUGCUGUGCGUGGAACGGGUUUUAAUUACAGUUUAAGGAAAAUGAACUAAAUCCUGCACUUGGGACAUUUCUGUUGGAAGUGUCGACAACUUUCAGCAUCUUUUCCUCGGAAAACACCGUCUUGACCAGUCCUACAGUAUUUACUUCUAGAUGUAAUAUUGUUAAUGGUUUUAAAAUGUAAUUAUUGUAUUUGUAAAUUGUACUCAUUCCAGUAAGGCUGUAUUUUGGCAGUUAGACACUUGAGUUUUAGCAUUUUACCAUUCAUGAAAUGGAUGUAAUUUAAACUGUGGUAUAUAAAUUUAAUAGUAGUACUGUUGAAUGGCACAAUGCUUACAGAGGUAGAUUCCAUUUUGUCCAUAUAUACGACUUAAAUACAAUACUGAUAGCUGUUCUGAAGGGGGUGCUUCAUAAAGAGAGAGAGAAGCAGAACCAGUUUACUGAUUGAUGCUGAUUGACUUUUUCUUCAGUCCUUAGCAUGUCUCCCAGUGAUGGAUAAAAAGCUCUGCCUUCAAGUUUAGCUGGUUUAACUCCAGAAAAAACACUGCUGUAAAUGUGGAGGUUCCUAAUACGGCCUCCCAGCAAAAAGCAGGAUAAAAAAGUCAUUUCUGUGGAGAGUAUUUACGUCACAUUUCCAUUGUGAGAAACCUCCUGGAACACGCCCGAGUUCUCUCACAGCCACAGAUGAACCAUCAGGAAGUGCACAGGCAGUGAGCACUUUUUUUUUUCUUUGCCCCAAGCCCUCACAUUCUGCAGAGAUGCAGACAAGGACACAAGCAGGCAAAGAGGUUGGGUAGCCACUCUGAGCUUACAGCCCUGCUGGAAAAACAGAGUGAUUGCUGUUUUUCAGGGCACAGUUUCAGAGCAGUCUCUCGUUGCGUGUCUGUGUUCCUCUGCUUGCUUUGUCCUUUUUUUAUUUCCCCUCCAUUUUUGAAGGCCCCAAGGGUUUAGCAAAUGCUUUAAAGACAUGCAGCCCCUCCCGUGCCUUUCUGUUUUACCACUGAGGCAGGUAAAACACACAUAUAUGGCACUGGAGAAGGAACACAGCCCCAGCCUGACCCUCGGUGGGAUGCCAGCCUCCCUGAGCUGUCCCAUGGAGAUGGAGAAAAUGCUUCAAAAUAUUAAAAGGGGGAAAAUUGUCCCUCUGUGUUUUCCCUGUGUGGACACAGGCUCAGAGCCAGGUGUCUGGUGUUUGAUUUCGAGUCGAGGUUAGUCUCAGGCUACUGCUGGCAGCAUGCUGCGAGUGUUUGUUCUCCAUCUGUCAGGAUGGAGAGCUUGGUUUAAUGGGAGAAUUGGGAAAUAUGGGGGAAACGAGAAGGGAUCUUUCCAAAAUUCCAUGCAGCUGUUGUUCAGAGGCACAGAAAGGCAUGGAAGCAUGUGCUGAACGGGGUGGUGGGGACUUCAGAAGUGUGUAAGAUGGCAAAUAGUGAUGAUUUUACACUCACAAAUGUUGCCAGGCUUGUGCAUUAGCCUCGGAAAACUUAGACUGUGCAUGUUGGGAAGUGCCUGUUCACCCAGGAGUGAUGUCAGCAAACAGGAAUCCCUGCCCAUCUUUGAAGAGAACAAGGAAAUCUGGAGAUGUUUUAGUUCUGAGAUGACGUUUGGACUGAGACACGCACAAGAGGGUGGCUGAGCUGUGUGCACGCUCACAAAAGGUGUCAACACAGAAGGUAAAGCACAAUUCAGUCAUGCUGCUUCGUACAUCCUUGCAGGUUCUGAAAGUACACUUGGAAGUGCUCCUGGAGGGAGUGUUGAGCUCCAUUAAUAAUUUUUCCCCUGAAUUGGAAAUACGUCCAAACGGUGUGACCCACCCUUCCUGACAGAGAAAUACAGGGCAAAAUCUAGAAAUUCUGCAUAAUUGGUUCAUGCUGUGUACAAUUGUUAUAAACUCACGCUUCCAAAAGAGAUCUAUGUCAUAGUCUUGAAAAUAAGGAUUUUAUAAUGUAAAUAUUACCAGAACAUAGAUAUUUUACUUUAUAUUUCAUUUGAAAGACAAGGUGUUUACAUUAGCAUUGGGUUUUUAAACAAUUUUUAAACAAAGAAACCCCAUAACCCAAAGCUCCCCAGACUUGUUCCCUUUUUGCUGUCCCACAAAAAGAGGUGACCUUUUCCAGGAGUGUGGUGAUGCUGGGAUGCAGCCCCUGUGCUCUGGGGAAAGAGAUGGGAAAGUCCUUCAUCCCUCUUUGGGGUGAACUGCCUGGCAGACCUGGACGCGUUGUGCUGGCAGCCCUGUGGGGACAUGGUCCCCCUGCAGCCACCAGCAAGUGACACAAAAACAGCUUUACCCAGCCCGUCACACUGGGACCAAACUCCGUGGUUUGGGACAGGUUUUUGCAUCCCACUUUUCCCAGUUUUUCACACUGUGAAACCAGGUUCACUAGAUGUUCCUUUGCUCAGGAGCUUCGAGCUGUGUGUCUCUGCCUUCUCCCCCAGCAUGACCCCCGUUCUGGACCCCUUUGGAAGGAGAUGGUUUUGUUUUCCUGCCCCAUCUGGUGUCUGAGAAGAGUGUCAGAGUGCCCAGGAAUGCUUGUUUGUCAGGUGUUUGUCUGCUCCCAUGCAGCAGUGGUGUGGAGGGGGGAACAGACUGGUUGCAUUUCAGAGUCUGAAGCUUGAGAGCCUGAUCUGCUCUUUCUGCCUGGCUUUGAGAAGGUGUCAGCAGAAAAAAACAAUGAUGGGCAGCAGCUUGGGAUGUAUCAGACUUAAAUUUAGAGCAUCAAAUAGGGGCAUAAGUCGGGAUGUUCUUCCCCAAUUCCAGCUUCAGUGAGAGCCCCUGGCCCCAGAGAGGGUGUGGGGAAUGGGCUGCUCUGCUGCAUUCAGGGCACUCAAGCUCUGCAGGCUUCAGCUCCGUUUUUAGGCAAGAAAAACUGUAUAUUCAAGGAAUGCAUCUCCUUGGUGUUCCUGCCACUCGAGUUCUGUUUCAGAGCAUGGGGUUCAGCAGGUCUUUUGGCAAGUCAAGCUGAGGCUGCAAGGGGGCUCAACCUUCCAGCAGCCCAGAACUCAGCAGUGCUCCGAGCUAACUAGCCAAGUGAAAAAAGGAUAAAUAAAGGAGGCAUUCAAAUAAUAAAUCAGUGUGAUGCUUGCACAGAAAGGCUCUAGCUUGGUCACUGGUGUGGACCUGUCCCUUCAGGCCGUGUCCUCAGCCACCUGAGGGGUUUUCCUCUGGGCUUCCUAGCAGCCUGCAGGGCCGAGGUGCCCACAGAUAUGUCAUAGUCUUGUGUUUCUGGAGUGUUUCUCCCUGCAAACACCUGCAGACCUGGGUCUUGAGGUGUUAGGAGCAGAAGGUCUUUUAUUGUUGUUGCUGCAUUGAGGUUGUUUUUUUUUUUUGAACAUUUCUCCUUCUGUUGCAAAUAUCCACAGCUCCCAGCCAGCUUGUGGAGCUCCUCACAGAUGUUUCAGAUUAUUUUCUUCUUCAACAAUAUUUCUUAGUAACAAUACUAUGUCUCAACAGCAUGCAAUGCUACCAAAUAACAGGCUUCUCAUUUGCUGUUUGCUUUUUGUUCUUAAAUAUCUCUCCCCUGUAUCAAAGUUGCUUCUUAUUUUUGCUGGAAGGCCACUGUCCAUUCAACUCCUAUUCCUGUGGCUUCACUCUCAUCGAGCUUUGCCACAUGAGCACGAUCUUGUCCUGAGGAGGUUACACAACUGAACUCUUUUCUGCAGGAUGUUAGUGCUGCUAUUUGGUAUUUCAGUUAAAUUCACUUUAUCUUCAGUGUGGCUUUUCAGGAUUUACCCAUUACAGUUGUGGGUGUUUUGUUGUGUUGUUUUUGGUUUUUUUUUUUAAACACAGGUGAAAAAAAAGGUUUCUGCAACUUGUAAGGUUAAAACACCAUCCUGCUUUGGCCAGGCAGGGAGGGGAUGGGGAGAGCCAGAGUUCUUCUAUUUAUUUAUUGUUUUUCUCACAUUUUCCCAAGGAAUUGAAUUCUUGCAGAACCAGGGAGUCUUUGUGAUCCUCAGUAUUUUUACCUUUAUUCCAUUGUAAGGCUGGAAAAGGAUCUGGCAGAAAUAGCCCCUGCAUCCCCUGUCACUGCAGGAGUGACCGUGUGGCUAACGCUGCUCACAAUCGUUCCUAAACUCAGAAGUGUUGGUGUGGUGAUGCUCUCUGGAGGUUUGCACACAGGCAGGACUUCACUACAGGCCAAGCAGGAUGUGACAAAAAACACGCCAGGUUUUUUAGUGAGGCAUUCAGAAUGUCUUGCUCCCCUGUUUGAAAUGGUGCUGGCUCUGGACAGAGGGUGAAUCUCUGCGGACACGCUCUCCUGCUGCUGGGCUCCUUACCCACACAGGAGGGGUUUUCCUCUGCAAAACACUUCAAGGCGGGUGAAACCAGCAGGUUGUUUUGAUGGCAUCAGCCGUCUGGAGAUGCUAAUUGUGGUCUGAGGGAAGAAUCGAGCUGGGUUGUGGUUUGACACUCCAGUCCUGUGGCUCUGAACCCAGAGGAAGCCCCAGCAUGGAACUGGAUUUCCCCGGGUAUUGCCCCGUACCAUGUGACAAACUCCCUCGUGUAUAAAAUGUUUAUAAAUAUUUGUGGAUUAAGAUACACAGGUCUAUUUUUAAGAUUUAAGUUAAGUUAAUGAAUG